AGAAGGAAGAUUUUGGUUCUCAAACGGACGGUUUUAAAUGCCGUGUGGGACCGAAAUCGGUUGAGAAACGAUGCUAUCGUGAAGUUGGAAUUCGGCAACAAUGGCGGACAUGGGAAUCCCAAGAUUUCUUUUGGGUUUCCCUGUUGCUUAAUGCAUGGUUAGAAGAGGGAUUUUAUAUUUUAUACAAACGUAUUCGAGGCACAGCUAUUCCAAAACACGGGAUUGUUUGGGAGGGAUUAUGGGCUGCAUCUGCUCGAAAGGAGGCCAAGAUGAGAGUGUUGACGACCAUGACAAUGAGAAAGAUGGAGAUUUCAAGGGCGACAGCGACAAGGGAUCAGUGCAAUUGAUUGCUCCUACACCUACGAAGAAUGAUGAUCUUUUAGUUGCUCGACUUGCCUCCCUACGUCAACCAUCCAAAGCUGGUCCUGUUUCAGUAGAUACAGCUUGCUCUCCUGCUCGGCCCGACGCCGAACUAGUGGCUGCCGGGUGGCCUUCUUGGUUGGUUUCAGUUGCCGGAGAAGCUGUUAGGGGAUGGCUGCCUCGGCGAGUCGAAUCUUUUGACAAGUUAGAGAAGGUUGGUCAAGGAACUUACAGUAGUGUAUACAAGGCUCGUGACCUAGAAACUGGCAAAAUAGUUGCCAUGAAGAAGGUCCGGUUCGUUAAUAUGGAUCCUGAAAGUGUCCGCUUCAUGGCUAGGGAAAUCAUCAUUUUACGGAGGCUUGACCAUCCGAAUGUUAUGAAGCUUGUGUGUAUAGUCACUUCAAGGAUGUCGAGCAGCUUGUACCUUGUCUUCGAGUACAUGGACCAUGAUCUUGCAGGGCUUGCAGCAACUCCUGGCAUCAAGUUCACCGAACAGCAGAUAAAAUGUUACAUGCAGCAGCUGUUUCGUGGCCUUGAACACUGUCAUAGCCGUGGUGUUCUGCACCGAGACAUAAAGGGCUCCAAUCUUCUGAUCGACAACAAUGGAGUUCUUAAGAUUGCAGAUUUUGGUUUAGCUACAUUGUUUAAACCUGACCAAAAGCAGCCACUGACAAGCCGUGUUGUAACUCUUUGGUACCGUGCACCCGAGCUUUUGCUUGGGGCCACUCAAUAUGGAGUUGCAAUAGAUUUGUGGAGUGUGGGUUGCAUCCUUGCUGAAUUAUUUGCUGGGAAACCGAUUAUGCCCGGAAGAACAGAGGUGGAGCAAAUGCAUAAGAUCUUUAAACUAUGCGGCUCACCCUCCGAAGAGUAUUGGCAGAAAACGAGACUUCCGCAUGCAACUAGUUUUAAACCUCAACAACCUUACAAACGAUGUGUAUCCGAUACUUUCAGAAGCUUCCCGCAGUCUGCCUUGUCUCUUGUUGAUAAACUCCUCUCACUGAAACCAGAUGUUCGAGGAUCCGCUACUUCAGCACUUAGAAGUGAGUUCUUUACAACGGAGCCUUUCCCCUGCAAUCCAUCAGAUCUGCCAAAAUAUCCUCCAAGCAAGGAACAAGAUGCCAAACUUCGUAAUGAGGAAGCAAUAAGGAAAAGAGAAGAGGCUGUCAAGGGAAGAGGAGCUGAAUCGGUUCGUUUACCUGAAUUAAUCGCUCAGGGGCAAUCAAAACCAGGCACCACUCUUAAAUACGACCAUCCUAGUGCCUCGGCCAUUAGAAUCGAUCCUUGCAAGGUCGCCUCGCAAAAUGGCUUUUCUCAUUCCUCUUCGAUGAUCCAUCCUAGUGCAGUAGAGUUAUUGAACAAGGCAGGUUGUACGAGAAACACCAGAAACUUUAGGAAACAGAAUUCAAUGAAGCCUCAGGCAGUUAACACUUCCUAUAAGCAAGAUGAUGGAGCAUCAAACAAAGAUCAAGCAUCGGUAUAUGUACCGAAGAAAAACAGGAUCCACUGUUCUGGACCACUGGUGCCUCCUGGGGGAAACAUCGAAGAUAUGCUUAAAGAGCAUGAAAGGCAAAUCCAGGAGGCUGUACGAAAAGCACGCAUUGAGAAGUGAGGAAAGCAGUAAAACGUUGCAACGUACAACUCAACUCCAUCAUAGUGAAUACAUCGUAAAGACCAUAUGCUCUUUGCUUGUCUCCUUGUCAGAAGCUUGCUCCGAGAGCUCUCCUCCUAGA